AUGGCUUUCUCUCGCUCCCUCACAUCUCUCCUGCGCACUUCGCGGCACAUUGCGACGCCUGUGAGAGGUGUUAACCCAGUCAACAGAGUCUUUGGUCACGACAGAUUCGGAGCCCGAACGUAUGCGGCAGUCUUUGAACGAACCAAACCCCAUGUGAAUGUCGGUACUAUUGGCCACGUCGAUCACGGCAAGACUACGCUUACGGCAGCCAUCACGAAGAGACAAGCCGAGAAAGGCUUUGCCACCUUCUUGGAAUAUGGAGCCAUUGAUAAAGCCCCCGAAGAGCGAAAGAGAGGUAUUACCAUCGCAACCGCACACAUCGAAUACCAGACGGAAGCCCGCCAUUAUGCCCACGUCGACUGCCCCGGUCACGCCGAUUAUAUCAAGAACAUGAUCACUGGUGCUGCUUUGAUGGACGGUGCCGUCAUGGUGGUUGCUGCUGGUGAUGGACAAAUGCCUCAAACUCGUGAGCAUCUGCUCCUGGCUCGUCAAGUCGGUGUGCAAAAGAUUGUCGUCUUCGUCAACAAGGUCGACACCGUCGAAGACCCGGAAAUGUUGGAACUGGUCGAGAUGGAAAUGCGUGAACUGCUGUCGACCUACGGAUUUGAAGGAGAGGAAACCCCGAUCAUCUUCGGCUCUGCUCUUUGCGCUCUUGAGGGAACCAGACCGGAAAUCGGUGUCGAGAAGAUUGAUGCUCUGUUGGAGGCCAUCGACACCUGGAUCCCAACUCCGGUCCGCGAAACCGACAAGCCUUUCAUGAUGUCUGUCGAAGAAGUCUUCUCCAUCUCCGGCCGAGGAACCGUCGCCUCGGGACGUGUCUUGCGUGGUGUUCUGAAGAAGGAUUCGGAAGUGGAGAUCGUCGGUGGCGGCAGCGCCCCGAUCAAGACCAAGGUCACCGACAUCGAAACCUUCAAGAAGUCCUGCGAUGAGUCCAGAGCCGGCGACAACUCAGGCCUUCUCCUCCGUGGUGUCAAGCGAGAGGAUGUCAAACGUGGAAUGGUUAUCGCAGUUCCGGGCGCGGCCAAGGCACACCAAGAAGCGCUGGUUUCCAUGUACGUCUUGACCGAAGAAGAAGGUGGACGCAAGUCCGGUUUCACCCAGGCCUACCGACCACAGAUCUUCAUCCGCACGGCGGAUGAGGCGGCGGACCUGGCAUGGCCCGAAGGCACCGAAGACACCAGCAAGGUGGUCAUGCCGGGUGACAACGUCGAGAUGGUUAUCAAGACAAACCACCCCAUCUGCAUGGAACCGGGUGAACGAUUCAACCUCCGAGAAGGUGGAAGGACCGUCGCCACCGGCCUGAUUACGAGAAUCUUGAAAUAA